AUGAUUAUUAAGGAAUGUAGAUCGGGUAAACAAGGGUUCGGGGAUCAGAUAUACAGAGACAGAUUAUUAGUCAUAUUGAGUUUGGGACAUCUUUGGGGGAGUUCAAAGGCAGAGGUACAAAAGAAACGGGUGUUAAAUGGGUUUUACAAGGACAAGGGAAAACGGAGAUACAUUAUUUGGAACAGAGACGUUAGACAGGAUACAAUAGUGAUGUUUGACAGUGACAUGUGUGACAGGAGACAGAGAACAGGGAACAGGUGGAACAGGUGGAACAGGGACAAUGGGCUAGUUGGGUUUCAAUAA